AUGACUACUUUACAAAACGCUUUUUAUGCAAAGAAACUGGGCGAUAGCAGCGCGCUGGAUGCAGUGGUGAAUUCUGAAAUCAAUGCCGAGACACUUUUUUAUGUAAUUGGGGAUCAGGCGGUCAGAGCUAGUCUCCGCAGCAAAAGCGACAUCAAAACUUUCCGAAAAGAUUUGAUAGCUGUGGAGAAGGCCGAAGAUACGACUUUCAGCAUUGGUGUAAUUCCCAACAAUAAAAAAUAA